AUGCAGUCCAUUUAUUGGACCGGGAGGUUGCUGUCUCGGGCGAUAUGGAAUGGCAUAUCAAAUUACACAGCAUGCGCUGAUCCCAACCUGAACAAUCGUCGCGAAGCAUCUUUCAUUUCGGCUGUAUGCGGUUUUCCCAAAGAUUUUGCGCGUGGACGUUUGCGUAAGGGACAGUUCGGUGAUGACGCUUGGUUCAGUGCCAAAUUCAAGACUGUUGAAGUAAUAGGUGUAGCUGAUGGAGUGGGUGGAUGGCGACACUAUGGAAUAGAUCCAGGAGAAUUCUCUAGUUUUUUAAUGAGAACUUGCGAAAGACUGGUCACUAUGGGCAGGUUCACACCUUCUGAACCAGCUCGAUUAUUAGCAAAUAGUUACUAUGAAUUACUAGAAAAUAAACAACCCAUAUUAGGUAGCAGUACUGCAUGUGUUAUAAUCCUCAAUAAAGAGACAAGUAGCAUUUAUGCAGCUAAUAUUGGAGAUAGCGGUUUUGUAGUUGUAAGAAAAGGAGAAGUAGUUCAUCGUUCUUCUGAACAACAGCACUACUUUAAUACUCCGUUUCAGUUGUCUCUUCCACCUCCAGGACAUUCUGGCCUGGUGCUCAGCGACAGUCCAGAAUCUGCGGAUACUUCUAGUUUUGGAGUCGAAGAUGGUGACGUAAUCCUUCUAGCAACGGAUGGAGUGUUUGAUAAUGUGCCUGACCAAAUACUUAUCACUGAAAUGCGUAAAGUUCAAGGUGAAAGAGAUCCUACUAAGAUACAAGGAGUUGCUAACUCAAUAGCGUGGAUGGCUCGUAGUUUAGCGUUCGACGGCGCAUUUAUGUCUCCAUUUGCCCAAAGUGCUAGAGAAAAUGGAAUUGACACUAUAGGUGGUAAACCAGAUGACAUUACAGUGCUUUUAGCAACGGUGGCAAUAUAAUAAAGUAUGUACAAUAGAAUCUUGAUCAUUGUAUUAUAGUCCAUGUCAUUGCGUAUAUGUACCUAGUUUUACAUCAUUAUAUUCCGUUAUGAUAAUCAUUUACUAUUUAAAUAAAUGGUUUUGUAAAUCAUCCUGUAUCACGACCAACCUUUAUUACGAUCAUCGUAAAAAAUAUUAAUUUCAAAAAAAGAAUCAAUGGGUACAUUAUUUUCUCCACUGCAACCAAAUUGUAUACAGACAAAUCUUCUAUUGUAAUAAGUACAAAUAAGUAGUUCCUCGUUACUUAUAAUGAGAAUACUUUUUAUAUGCCACGGUAAUAUAAUUAUCUAACACUGUAAUGAGUCAGAAAUAUCAUCUGUUUAUGUUGAACAUUCAAUAAACUAGAACGGAUACAAACAAUUAUUAAGACAAUCCGAUGCUUCCCUGGAAGAACUACCGCAUUGUGCGGCCUAUUCACAGAGAAGAGUACAUCAUGUCUAGUACUUUCACGUCGUAUACAAAUAAUUAUCACUAACAGUAAAUUGUGGUUGAAAACUUAAUUCGAAAUUAAAUAAAUGCCUGUUCAAACCCAAAAAAUGAAACAUAAUUUACAUAGUAAUAAUGUUAAACUAAAUCAAACCAUUUUAUUUCAUUACAUAUUCAUAUAAAUAACAUUUUUAUCUAGUAUUUACAAAACGAUUAUUAUCUGGUUAAAUCCUCAAGACUUACGCCCUGGAUUAUUGUAGUUAAAAUUGCCGAAGUUCUCUAUAUAAUCUAUGUCCUUUCAAAAAGUGAUAUCAUUUAACAAUAAUUAAUCGAUAAGAAGCUACAACAGGAAAUGUACAACGUUAGUCCCAGCGCGUAAUAAAAAUACAAUCCCCUAUAAAAUAAAAAUAAACUCGUUCAGUACUGUUAUAAUUGUUUUCCAAAAGGACACAAUUUACACUUGGAAAUAUCUAACAGUUUUAACUACUAUCUAGUAAGUUAUAAAUAAUCAAUCAAUUGGAAAUAUUUUGUGUUUUUUUUUUAUAUAAUGCUUUGGCAUUUUUGCUGACAUUACACAUUGCCGCAAUAAGUUCAACAAAUAUACUGAUUUAGUAUAUGACAGAAUACAAUCAUCUGAUCAAUAAAGUGAAUACAUCACAGUACAAUGUACAACAUGAUAUCCUAAAGACAACAAAUAUUUACGGCAAACACUAUUAUACGUAAAUCUAAAUAUGAUAUUUAUCACACAAAAAUAUCUGUAAGAAACUUAAAAGAAAAAUUUUUGUCCUUACGUACUACAAGUAACCCAAUAUGCCGAACUAAAUGUAUCCGUUUCGAAAUAUAUCUGCUCGUUAACUUUCGAUUCCGAUUCCUAUUUAUAUUCAGAAACUACUAACAUGAAAAAAAAAAA